AUGAACGGUGAAGAUAUGCCGUCUAUAGGGCCCGUUGACAAUAUGCAAGUGGCUGAUGGGCAGCGAUAUAUUGCUGGUGGAAACGGCAAUUCGCAAAUAUCCAGGCUUAUAGAGACCUGUCACGUAAAGCUUAUCCUGAUAACGAGGGAAUUAUUGGGAAAGUUGAACCAGAAAAAGGAUAUAUGCAGGAGUGUUCCCAAGGACGAGUUCAAGGUUGAUGCUAGAAAGGCCGUUCAAGCGACAGGUCAAGAAUGGAUCCCGUUUGACUAG